AUGAAACUUUCACCAUCACAUUUUAUAGCAAGACCAACCGAUGAUUCAAAUUUACCACUUUUUGGUUAUAUUGUAUCAUCAGCUGGAUUAGAAGAUAAUUGUCAUGCACUGAAAGAUACAGAAACUAAUGGAAUAUUUACUGCUGUUCUUGGUCUUGUGAAUAUGACACGUGGAACGAAUUCAUAUUAUAAAUUACAAUUACUCGAAUCUGCUAAUGGUCGACAAUGUCGAAAAACAGAUACAAUAAAUGCAUUUCAUACAUUAUUUGUUGAUAAAAAAGUAAUUCCACAUGUUAUUGGUCUGGCUAAACCACCAUUACUUGAUAAUGUUGAAUUAAUCAAAACUAAAACGGAAAUGAUUAAUAAUAUACCUGAAAUCGAAAUAGCUUAUUCAAUGUUAAAUGAAUCAAAUAAUACAAUAGAAAGUAGUGAACAUUCAAUAGAUGUUCAUUAUAAAAAAUUAAAAUAUGGUCUUGAACCAGUUGAUCAUGAUUCAGAAGAAUUUAAACUUAUUGAAAAAUAUAUGAUACAUACUCAUGCUAAAACUCAUGGUCAAUAUACAUUAAAAUUACGAAUGGCAUGGAUCAAGAACAACUAA